GGUCCGCUGUGUGCCGUCGGAUCUUUUUAGAUCCAGUCAAGCGGCGACUUGUAAAUGUGAGGCAAAGAUCGACGCGACCCGCACCACAAUUCUUCUGGUUCUCAAUCUCCGUGCACCACUCCCUAUUCCCCUCUGUCCCCGGAACCCUAAACCCUAAGAAUUCCGCUCCACGGUGGUCUCGUCCUCGCCGAAACCCUCGAUCCUUCUGGCAAACCAGAAGAACCCUAGACUCCUCUACAUCGAAAAAUCGUAUUGGCGCGCAUUCUUUACAGUGCGGGCUAGCUGCCACCGCUGAAGCCCGCACGACUCUGAGAGGUGAAGUUGUCUAUGAAACUUGUUAUUUGAUAUAUUGAAGUCUUAGAAGAAGCAUAAUUCCAGAUGACCAGUAUGGUUGAAAAUGCAAAUCCAAAUAUUGAACGAGCAGAAGAAAUCAAGCUCUUAGCUAACGACGCAUUCAAAGCCAACAAGUUCUCCCAAGCCAUAGAGUUGUAUAGUCAAGCUAUCGAAUUAAAUGGUCUCAAUGCGGUAUAUUGGGCAAAUCGUGCAUUUGCACACACCAAACGUGAGGAAUAUGGUAGCGCUAUCCAGGAUGCAACAAAAGCAAUUGAGCUUGAUCCUAAAUAUUCAAAGGGUUAUUAUAGACGGGGUGCAGCAUAUCUCGCCAUGGGGAAGUUCAAGGAAGCUUUGAAAGAUUUUCAACAGGUGAAAAAAAUUUGUCCAAGUGAUCCGGAUGCUUCAAAGAAGUUGAAAGAAUGUGAAAAGGCUGUCCAGAAGCUUCGAUUUGAAGAAGCAAUUGCUGUCCAUGAGUCCGCGAGACGCUCUGUUGCAGAAUCUAUAGAUUUUCGUUGUAUAGAUGUGGAGCCACACUAUACUGGAGCAAGAAUAGAGGGCGAAGUGGUAACUUUGGAUUUUGUGAAGAAGAUGAUGGAAGAUUUUAGGAACCAGAAAUGCUUACACAAAAGGUAUGCAUAUCAGAUUGUCUUACAAGCCAGGGAGAUGUUGGGGGCUAUGCCGGCUCUUGUUGAUAUCACUGUUCCAGAUGGUCAUCAUUUCACAGUUUGUGGUGAUGUGCAUGGCCAGUAUUUUGAUCUCCUAAAUAUUUUUGAGCUCAAUGGACUUCCCUCGGAGGAAAACCCUUACCUUUUCAAUGGGGACUUUGUGGACAGAGGAUCAUUCUCUGUUGAAGUUAUUCUCACACUGUUUGCAUUCAAGUGCAUGUGUCCCACAGCUAUGUAUCUUUCGAGAGGAAACCAUGAAAGUAAGAGUAUGAACAAGAUUUAUGGUUUUGAGGGAGAGGUCAGGUCAAAGUUGAGUGAAACAUUUGUUGAACUCUUCGCAGAAGUAUUUUGUUGUUUACCUUUGGCUCAUGUCAUAAAUGGCAAGAUCUUUGUAGUUCAUGGAGGAUUAUUUAGUGUUGAUGGUGUGAAGCUCUCUGAUAUACGAGCAAUUGAUCGUUUCUGUGAGCCUCCUGAAGAAGGUAUUAUGUGUGAAUUGCUUUGGAGCGACCCGCAGCCUCAACUAGGUAGAGGCCCCAGCAAGCGAGGUGUGGGUCUUUCCUUUGGUGCAGAUGUGACAAAGAAAUUCAUAGAAGAAAAUAAUCUUGAUCUUGUUGUUCGAUCCCAUGAAGUUAAGGAUGAGGGUUAUGAGAUCGAACAUGACGGGAAGCUUAUAACAGUAUUUUCUGCUCCAAAUUAUUGUGAUCAGAUGGGCAACAAAGGUGCAUUCAUACGCUUCGCAGCCCCAGAACUGAAGCCAGAUAUUGUUUCUUUUUCAGCAGUGCCGCACCCGGAUGUGAAGCCAAUGGCAUAUGCAAGCAAUUUUCUCCGGUUAUUCUCAUAAUUUAUCAGGUGAAUGCAACCCUAAAGGUAUUCUGGUAUUUUCUCACCCUUUUGAACAUACACUGCAUGUAAACAGCUAUUGCAGAGGUCAGAAGCAGAUCCCUGCCUUCUCCUUGGUAACUGAUGUGCCAUUGACAGAUGUGAUGAUAAUUCUGCCACACUCAGCCCCAGUAGGGCGUUUUUUUUCUUUGUUCUAUGAUGACUUUAUUUUUCGACCGACAAGUCUAGUUCAAGGAGGUGCUCAUUCAUUUUGUUGGCAGUGUCAUUUGCAAUUAUGUGUUUAUUAUGUGAAAUUUGCCUUUCGAUCCAUCGCAUCAGACAGCCAAGCUACUUGGCUUGAUGGUUUAUUGAUUGUAUAUUUUCUGGAAUC